CUUGAAAAAUUCUCUUUGUGGGCUGAAAUGAAUUCGGCCUGGCCCAACAUGGAUAUGUCGGGCAACAACGACUAUGAUAUUUCACGGUCGAUCGACCAAUCGUCCGACAUGAGAGAGAGAGAGGGAGGGAGGGAGAGAGGGAGAGCUGAGAAGCAGUCCUCAGUUCAGCUCUGAUUCCAAAGCUCCGUCGGUUCCCUGCGGAGCUCGCCUCCAUGGACGAAGCGGGAGAAGAGAGGCAACGUUUGAGGGCAAGCGCGAACUCCAGUAAGAGGAGGAGGUCCAAACCAUCGGCAGUCUCCUCUUUUGUUCCCAUCAACGCUCUCGACGAUGGGUGUCUCAUGCACAUCUUCAGCUUCCUGUCCCCUAUUCCCGAUAGGCAUAACACGGCCCUCGUUUGCCACAGAUGGCGUUUCUUGGCAUGCCACCCUCGUCUAUGGCUUCAAGUGGACCGAUCAGCUAAAGAUUCGACCAAACCUGGAGUUUUUACCGACAUUGAGUCAGCUGUUUCUGCUGCGAGACCCGGUGAUACCAUUCUGAUUUCGCCAGGUGGGAACCACCUCGCCUCUAAUAUUCAAAUAAGGAAACCGCUCUGCCUGAUUGGUGGUGGUGAGGUUCCAGAUGACACCACACUUAUUUGUUCGCGGGGUUCAGACAGUGCCCUGGAGUUCCUGUCAACCUGUAAACUCACAAACCUAACGGUGAAAGCCGAGCUCGGAUGUUGUUUGCUCCACCGGAGUGGGAGGCUUAUUAUAGAUGGCUGUGUUCUCCAGUGCGAAACGAACCCUCUCGACUUCCUAUCUUACCCAAUAAUCAGCACAGCAAAAAGCUGUAAGUCUUUUCCCUGCAUCGACUGUCCAGGCAAUGAUAGUGUCUCCGUUUCUCGGACAAGGAUUGAAGGCGGUGCAAAGGCAGUCUUGACGAGCGGGGACUUGACAUUGCAGCAAGUUAGGGUCAUCUGUGCCCGCACUUCCCUCUUUUUCUGGUUUGAAGUCGAGUGUCAGUCUUAGCAAAUCUCUUUGUGAAUUCUCGUAACAUAGUUUAUUUAUGGUAUGGAUGUUCAGUUGUAUGUCAUACUGUUUUUCAAGUUGUAACAUGUUAGGAUAUGUUGUUUGUAAUUCUGAAUCAAUAGCUUAUAAGAACAAACCAACCAAUAAUCUUGGAUUUAUUGAA